AUAUAGAGGUCCAAAACUGGGGUAGUAGAAUGUAAACCGGCCUGCCUGUGAAUUCUUCGAAUUGGGCUUCAAAGUAAACCAUUUAGAUGGGCCCUUUUCGUAUUAGAAUAGGGACUGCAUAGAAGCCCAUUUGACGAGCCCACCCACCAUCAAAACCGAUGGCCAUCUCAUCACAAAAGAAAAAGAAAGUUACCUCCACGUAAGCACAAAGCCAUCCGCCACGUCUCAACCCCUGCCGCGUGGACAGACACUUCUCUUCUCUUCUUCCUCACGAGUCACGCACGCCGUUCACUCCGCCUCUUUCUUUCUCUCUUUCUUUCUUUCUUUCUUCCUGCUCCCCUGAGCUCCUGCCUUAUUACCCAUCGUUGCCGCCGGCGGUUGGCCGGACGCAUGGCGAUGCCGGGACAGCUUCAACACGCGAUGGCUGCCCUGGAUCCAUGCCGCCUGAUUGGCAUGGAUACGCGGCGGCCAACGCUGGGGUGGCCUCGGUUCGUGCUGCCGUUGCUAACGGAUGGCUGAUUUAAACAACGACAACGUCUUCCCUGCCCCGCAUCUUCUCACUCAUCCAGCAAAGCAUCAUCUUGUUUCUAAGACUAUUCACUCUGUUUUCAACAUCGAGGUGAAUGUGAGGCAUCAAGAGGAAGAUAACAAGUCUGCUUUCCGUCACUUCUGUAGAAUCUUAAAAAGGCUCCCCAUUAAUAAGAAUCUGGAUAGAGCCGAAAUAGAGGAAACUACUAUUCCGACUGAGCUCUGCACUGGGUUUGUUAUUGAGCAGAGGGGAAAUAUACUUUAUCUUCUAACCACAGCCCAUGCUUUGGAUGAUUACUAUGAUGCAAAGAACCAUGACCUUACCCCAAAAGAUCUUAAUAAAUCAUUUAUUUUCAAAGUCUUGUGCAUCCAUCAGGAGAGGCACCUUCUUUCUCUCCAAGGAGUGGAUGAUAAGAGUGAGCAUCUGAACAGAUACUUCUGCGAUGCAAAAGUAGUUGCGGUUAACACUCAAGUUGAUCUGAUGCUUCUUAAGUUGAACCGUGAGGAUAUCUACUACUCAUAUCAAGAUGCGGAUAAUUUUAUCAUUUGUCCCGAGGACCAUACACGUAUCAAGCUAGGAAAAUCACCACCAGUUGAGUCUGAGAAUGUCUUUUUACAAGGGUGGCCAGCAUUGCGAUCACAAACUUCAGUUUGGGGGCACAUUAGUCAUACUAACAGAAGAUACGACACACUUACUAGCUUGAAUGUGAAAGGAUAUAAGAUGAAUCUGAUUGAAGUGCCUGAGUUUCAAUGUGCAGCCGGAACAUCGGGAAGUGCAAUUCUGAAUGGGGCAGCACGUUGUGUUGCGGUUUAUCACGGUAUACAAAAGAAUUGUAAAGCCGGAUACGCAAUCAGUUAUCAAGAUGUGAAAACUUUUGUAGAUACUGCACUUGCAAAUUUCUGUUUGUUUUCUUCUUUUCAGCUGCCAGGUGAUGGUGAUGGUGAUGGUGAUGGUGAUGGUGAUGGUGAUGGUGAUGAUGAUGACGACGAGGAGAAUGACGAUAACGACAGCGACAGUGACUAUGAUGAAAGUGAUGAGGAAGAGGAAGAGAGAAAGAGGAAGAGGGGCAAGGGCAUUGGCAGCGGCAGGGGUAGGGGAAGGGGCAGGGCGAGUGGGAGUGAAAAGGGGAGGGGCAGUGGGAAGGGGAAGGCGAAGAUGAGAUGAAAGACGAAGACGAAGACUGAGAGAUGGCUGGUGGCUGCGCUACUGUGUAUCGCUUCAUGUCGAGAUGGCUAGCGCUACUGAAGUGUCUAAUGCUGCAUAUCUGUAUUCCAGUUAAUUAGAGAACAUGUCUGUCUGUAUCCCGUUAAUUAGAGAGUUAUUCACUAGAACUAUUGCCACUAGGCGUAUCUAGCUAAUUAAUUAGAAUUGUUCACUAAACAUGUUGCCACUAGGCAGUACUAUGGCUAAUCAUCAAAACAUUGUCUAUUAA